GUGUGAUGUCAAUGUUCAUUGAUGUAAGUGCAAGCAGAGUGAACGGUCGUAUCACUGUACAGAGAAAACAGCUGAUGACUCAGUGACAGUUACAAACGAGUCGAGCGGACCAUUGUUACACGUGAUAAAAUUUUUGAAUUUAGAAACAACUGUGAGAUUCGAAGUCAACAGAAACAUUUGAGAAUCAAAUUAUGCUAAGUUAAUUUGUCAAGAAAAUAAAAAAAAAAAACAAAUAUGGCAUCGGAAAAGAACGCGUUGGUGUCAUCGCCAAAGACUCAGAAAGUAAUCAAAUUAGUACCACCCGAUGGAGGAUGGGGCUGGAUGGUGUUAUUUGGAACGGCAUUGUCUAAUAUAUUCAACCAGUCUAUGCUGUCAUUAUUCAGUUUGUUAUACGGAGACGCAUUAGAGGCGAUGGGCCACAGAACCCAAGGCGCUGCCAUCGUAAUGAGUACUAUGUUGUUCGUCACGAAUUUCGGCGGCCCGAUAGCCGGGGCCGUAGUUAAGUUGACAUCAACAAGAUUUGUUGCAGUAACCGGAGCGUGUUUCUGUACCAGCGGAAUCUUCUUUAGCGGAUUUUCGACAAAUAUCUGGCACUUGGUGUUAACUUACGGCGUCCUAUUAGGUCUGGGUUUGGGUUUCAUCCAAAACUCGUCAUUUGUGGCUAUAAAUAGCUACUUCAAGCUAAAGAAAAGCCGUGCAGUGGGUCUCGCAAACGUGGGCACAGGUGUGGGACAGACCUUAAUGCCGCACUUAGUGAGAUAUCUCCUGGAACAUUACGGGUUCCGCGGCGCGUGCCUGAUGUUGUCGUCUUUGAGUUUACACGGGAUUGCCGGUACUCUUCUAAUACAACCAGUAGAAUGGCAUUUGAAACAAGUGGAAGAAGAAGUUGUUGUAGACGAAAAUCUCCACCUACUACAAGACAAGACACGUAAAACAUCACAAUCUAAUGGAGACGCUCAAAAUGGUAAUGAAAAAUCCAACUUUGGUAGCAAGAAAGAACUAAAUGGUGGAAAAAUAAAUAAAUCAGAAACGAAUGGUGUAAAUGCAGCUACCACACCGGCUAUCCGUCCACAAAAGCAGACGUUAAUGAAGAAACUAUAUGACCUCUUUGGCAUCGCCUUGCUGUCUGACAUAAGGUUCCUGAACAUCGUCAUUGGAACAGCCCUAGCUGUGACGUCGAUACAGAACUUCAGUAUGCUGUAUCCAUUCUUCCUACAGCAUGUAGCGUCGAUGGACAAACAGCAGACUGCGAACUGCAUGUCGGCAGUCGCCGGCGCAGACAUCGCCGGACGUCUUAUCUUACCAGUCUUCCAAGACAAAUAUAAAAUAAAGGCCAGGUGGAUGCUCAUCAUGACAUGCACGUGGCUCAUCGUUGUCAGACAAAUUUUGGCGUACCAGACCAACAUUGAAGUAUUGAUUCUCAUGUCAUGCCUUUAUGGUAUUGGAAGAAGUAUGAUCAUCGUGGCAAGGAACAUUGCCAUUUCUGAAAACUGCAGGAUGGAUCAAGUACCGGCUGCUGUUGGACUUGGCAUGUUGACCAUGGGUAUCAUUGUACCCCCAGCUGGAUAUUUCCUUGGAUGGAUCAGAGACUACUCUGGAAGUUACGUCACUUGUAUCACAGCACAGAAUGUUCUGCUAGUAAUUCUUCUUGUCACAUGGAUCCCUGAUAUGAUAUACCUUUUACUCAAGGAAAAAAGACAGAAGAAGGUAGAUGCCGAACAACCAGAAACAUAGGAACUGAAUAAUAUUUAGGUGGAAUCAAAUUACUUAAUAUUUGGAAAUACUCUCUAGUGCUUUGCACUCUUCUGUCAGGAAAGACAGACGUUUAGUUUCAUAAGAAGAGCCGAAACGACAAUGAGUUCCAUAGCCCACGAUGCUAAUUAUUUCGAAAAUAAAGAAGUGUAGUCGAAGGAGAACGAGAAUAGUUAGUGACUACUUAAUAAAUACUGAAAGUGCCUUGUUACACGAAUUUAUCGUACCGAGUACUGCCAUAGAAUUAAUUUGAACAAAAGGUCUUCGCCUUCGUCAAUGGAAACCUUUGAGAAUGUUGAAAAUCGAAGUGGAACUUCAAAGUUUUUGUUACUGUGGUCCAGAGGUCAUUGAUAGAAUUUAAUAAUAUUAUUUGUUAAGAUGACCAAAGUACCUGAAGAAUUUUGAGUCGCGGCUGUGAAAACACGUUUAUAUUUAUUGAAAAGAAUACUUAAUUUUAACCAGUUCGUAGUUUUAAAUGUAUUCGAAUGAUAAGCUGUUAUGUGAAUUUAUUGUAGGCAAUUGAAAUGCAAUACUGACUCAACUGUAUGUUGAACGUAAGACUUUAUUUCCUAGUUUCUUUUUUAUAAUAUAAUUCUAGUCUAAUAAAUUAAAUUACUCGAA